CUCUUUAGCAUCUUGACUGCUACUCGCGGAACUGUACGUAUUAAAACUACUUAAGAAUGUCAAUUAUAUUUAUAAAAACUGAAAGGAUGUGUUUUUCGAAGUAAACGAAACUGAAAACGCAUGCGUAGCCCCCGUUGGACACGGGGAAAUGGGGAAAAAGCGGGGUAAAGACAGGAGCUCCAGAGGGGAUGAGGACGACUUUGAACUAACCGUUCCAUCCUGUAGGCAUAUCAAGACUGGGGCAGACCAAAGUCUGUUAAAGAAGCUCUCUGGGAUCUCUGACUGGACGAACUGUCAGGACUGUAAGCAUGAAGAGAAUAAAGAAAACGACAACACAACUCUGCAGCAGGACUCUGAAGAGGAAAAGGAACCUGCAGGCAUUUGGAUGUGCUUGAAAUGUGGCCAUAGGGGAUGUGGAAGAAACUCUGAGAACCAGCAUGCAAUCAAACAUUAUGAAACUCCACGGUCAAGUCCGCAUUGCCUAGUGAUCAGUUUGGACAACUGGAGUGUUUGGUGUUAUAUUUGUGAUGAUGAUGUUCAGUACUCGAGAACCGGGCAUUUAGCUCAGCUGGUGACUAACAUAAAAAAGCAAAGUGGUGCAGACCCUGUGAAGAGACCAGAAAAAAAAGUGAAGGACGAAGCGAGUGUUUUGGAAGCCAAGGAAAACUCUGAGACCGCAAACACAGAAAACAAGAGCGAGAAUAAAGAGAACAGCAGCAAUAAAAACAAGAACAUCAUGAAGGAAAGGGCUGAGAAAACACAAAACUGUAUCACGACUGAAGGAAACGUUGUCAUUCCGGUGAAAGGCCUAAGCAACCUUGGAAACACUUGUUUCUUUAAUGCUGUCAUUCAGAAUCUUUCCCAAACUCAACUUUUAAGAGAAACUCUCAACAAAGUGACUGGAGAAAAACUAAAUCUGGACAUCAAACCUGCAUCUUUGGAUCUGGAACCUAUCGUGGUGACUUUAGAGCAACCCGGAUCUCUGACGUUGGCAAUGUGUCACCUGCUGAAUGAGAUCCAGCUGUCCAAGAAGGGUGUGGUAACACCACGAGAGUUAUUCACACAAGUGUGUAAAAAGGCUCCCAGGUUCAAAGGAUUUCAGCAGCAGGACAGUCAGGAGCUGCUGCGCUACCUGCUGGAUGGGAUGCGGGCUGAAGAGCAGAAGAGAGUAAACGCAGGAAUAAUGGAGGCGUUGAAACUGGCAAAUGAAGAUGCAGAUGGAGACCAACUGAAAACAGUAGCAAAAGGUGAAUAACCUGGUCUGUGUCUUGACUGUUUUUUUGGAGGCGAGAUGACCAGCACUAUAAUGUGUCAGCAGUGUAAAACGGUCUCUGUAGUCACUGAGAUGUUUCUGGAUCUUUCCCUUCCUGUUGUUGAUGAGGCAUACAGGAAGAAAAACCAAAGAAAAGGAGCUCAGAAGAACAGCGAGUCGAGCCAAGAUGGUCAAAGCAGUCCCGCUCCGACCAGCAGAAACGAUGACGGCGACGUUCCCACAGCGGGCAGCAGCAAGUACCAGCAAAAAAAGGCAAAGAAGCAGGCAAAGAAGCAAGCAAAGCAACAAAAAAGGCAGCAGAAGCUUGAUAGCAGAGUGACUUUGGACAGUCUGACGGACAACACGGAAAACGAACAAACAAACGCUGACGUGGAUGCAGAGGAAACGGCUAACGAUGAAGAGCAAGAAGAACCCUCAGCAAGUGACCCAAACCCUGAUGCCACCAGUGUGUCUGAACAGGAUAAGAGUGUGGAGCCAGAAGAAGACUCGUUAACAACAUCAUCUUCUGCCACUAACCGUUUUACAGUCUUGUCAGAUGAGCAGCACUCUCAAGAGAGAAUUUUAAACGAUGAAAUGUCCAACGAAGAAGAGGACGAUGCCCAACUGGUGAACGAAAUGGAGAAAGUUACUCUUGACGAAGCUUUCAUAGAAGACUCUGAGGCUGCGGACCAAAACAUGGAGAGUGAGGAUGAAGUGUUGGACGCUAAAGAGUACACAGUCGUCAACCAAGACCCUGAGUUGGCCUUCAGCACGCUGGCAACCAGGACGGCUCCGGAGAAGCAGGAGUGCUCCGUACAGUCGUGCCUUUUUCAGUUCACGGAGGUGGAAACGCUCACGCUGACCAACAGUCUGCUGUGUGUCACGUGUACUAAACAGCAGCAGAAGAAAAACAGAAGUGACGGACCCAAGAAGAAUGUUUACACCGAUGCCUUGAAGCAGAUGUUGAUCUCCUCUCCACCAGCUGUCCUUACCCUUCAUCUGAAAAGAUUUCAACAGAAUGGAUACACUAUUUGUAAGGUGAACAGAUUCGUUCAUUUUCCACUGAUUCUGGAUCUUGCUCCUUAUUGUGCUGCCAAAUGCAAAGAUAAUAUCAAUGACUCUUCUAAUAAAGAAGAAACAGGAGUUUUAUACAGUUUGUAUGGUGUUGUAGAGCACAGUGGAACAAUGAGGUCGGGUCAUUACACAGCCUAUGUGAAAGUCCGGCCAAACCGUUCUAAAACUUUAUCCAAUGGAUUAUCAGCUGUUUCUGGACUUCCAGAGCCUUCCACGGGAUCCUGGUUUCAUAUCAGCGACACAAGCGUCCAGCCUGUGAGCGAAAGUAAAGUCCAGAGUUGCCAAGCCUACCUCCUCUUCUAUGAACGAGUCCUUUAACGGGAUCUCUGGAAAUAAAUACUCAGGAAAAAACAAUCAA